AUUGCCAACCUCGAUUCGCUUCCCUCUCUCUUUCGAUCCAAUCGCCGCCGCCGCAGCUGCCGUCGUCGUGGACGUAGCACGCAUCCGUCGCUAGUCGCCUAACUGUUUCUGGGGUUCUAAAGAUAUGAACUGGAUUCAACGUAAGAUCUAUCUCUACAAUGUCACUUUUGGACUCUAUAUGUUGGAUUGGUGGGAGCGUUACCUUUUCAAUACUUUGGUGAUUGUGUUGAUGUGGUUCAUCUUCUACAACAGCUCCCGAUAUGUUACUGACUUUUGUAAGAGCUAUGCAGGCCUUACCUUCAGGCAAAGUGAACACAUAUCCAACAGAUUUGUUUAUGCUACUUAAGUCAUUUAUCUUGAAGAUAGGAGCAGCUUAAACUUCAAAGACCAUGCUGAAGAUUCUACUAUGAAAUAGUUUUAAAUUGAUUUGGUUACUUUGAUUUGGACUCUGUGGGAAGUUUUUAGAUCGUUAAAAACAAUUGACCACAUCUCUUUAUUGUUUAUCAGUCUUGUAAGGAUUUAUUUCCAGUAUUUCAAAUGCUCUUGUAGUAGUUCUCGUUAGUUUUCUGGCACUAUAAGCUUCUGUGCUUCACUUGAUUUAUCACGCUAGCUUCUAGCUUCUUAUUUGCUUGAAUUGAUUUUUUUUCUAUUUUCGAGUUAUGUUUGUGAGAAAUGUUUUAUGAUUUGUUCAUUCAUGCCUGGUAAUACACAUAGCAUCAAACU